CCAUGUUGGCCAGGCUGGUCUUGAACUCCUGACUUCAAGUGAUCUGCCCACCUCGGCCUCCCAAAGUGCUGGCAUUACACGUGUGAGCCACCAUCUCCCGCUGGGGGAAGGGAAUGUUAAAUGAGGGAGCAAAUUUGGGCUGACAGUGGAGAUAUGGGAAUCAAAGCAGAGAGGCCAUUGCUGGAGCUCUGGGAGAGGAUAAAAUGCUGAAGAAGGUGACCAACAUGCUGUGACAGAGCUUGGGGGAAUUCCAACAUUUAGGGGCAGAGAAAGAAGAGGCAUGAAAGAAGGAAGAGGUUGCAGGAGUUAAAGGAGAGAAACCACUUUGUGCCAUUGUAAUCACAGAAAAUUUUGUGGAAAAGGGUGUGUUUUAGUUGUUAAUCCCAACUCCACCUGCUUAUGAUUUCUCUGACCAAACCAAUCCAUACUAAUCACAUGGAGCUAGUUUAAGGAAGAGUCUGGACUCUGUAAGCAAGUGUCAAAUUGUAAAAUUGUAUUUCCUACCAAAUACAUAGUGGCUAACGAAAGCUUUUACUGCUCUCUGUCCUAGGCACGUUACACAGAUAAACUCAGUUUACCAUUCAAACAAGCCUAGAAAUGAUUUUUACCGUUUUGCAAAUGAAGAACAGAAAGGUUAAGAAACUUAUUCAAGGUCACACAGCCAUUUAGUGGCAAAAGCAAGGUUCAAAGUCAGGCAAUUUGAUUCUAAACUGUGCUUUUGGCCAUUAUACCAUUCUGUCCUACAUAAUGCCUCCGUAAACAGUUGGACAUAGCUAGGCUGUUAGGAGGAUUCUUUCUGGUAGUUUUUUUCCUCUUGUACAAGCAUUCCUCAAUUUCUACAUAUUCUAUCUUUAACAUUUUCCACCAGAUGCUUUUAGCUGAUGGAUUUCUAAGGCUGUUACCUUCACAGGAGCUUUUCUGGCUUCCUCAUGUUCAGUGGAGGCAACCUUCUUUCCUUGGCACUGUGAUGGCCAUCAGAGCCCUGCCUAGAUAGGCAAAUAACACGUGAAGUGUGCAUUAUACCCGCCCUUUUAUAUCACAACACACCAGAGGCUCUGAGCUACUAAGUGCUUUUUAAUCACCCCAGAUUUGCAAGAGCAUGUCCUAAUGACACUUCCUAAACGGCAUCAUUACUUCUCCAAAAGUGUUUUCUCAUAAAAUAUUUGCUUUAAAAAAUGCCUGAUAAAUUCUGUCUUGGGCAAUUAUACCAACUUUUCACACCCUUAGAACCUGUGUCAGCAAACUGGGUCUUGCUUUUUUAAUAGUCCUCCAUGACAGCUCAUCACUGGCAAGUUCUGUUCAGUGUACAUCUCCCUUGUCUGACCCUAAUGUUUGGUCUCAUGUUGACACACUGGUUGAACUAAGUAGCAGACAGUGGUCACAAGAAUUAUAACAUGUUUGAGCUCGUGGUUGUUUUUGGCGUCUUUGAAAAGGGAAAUAAAAAUGGCCGAUUAUAAUAAGCUAAGAAUGAGUCAAUGCGGUUGUCUGUAAGGAGCUGAAAAAGUGGGUGAGAGUCGCGUUUUAAGAUCUCUGAGAACACUGUGUUUUAAAAUACCCAGAAGAUUUGGAAAAUGCACAACAUUUAAUAACUGUAUAUGUGUUGUAGGGUAGGGGGUGUGGGGAUCAGUAUAUUCAAUGCUAGCCAAGUCAGGAUGUUCCAUGCUGUUUAAAUAAUGAGCUAAGCAUGUUAAGCAUUUUAAAGCAAUUGCAUGCAAAGAAAAAGAAAUGUAAUAGUUAAAUAAGCAAAUAAAUGGGAUUUAUCAGGUGAUUUUGUGUCAGAAAGAUUUAUGAAGUUGAAAUGAAGAAGAAAGUGCAAAUUCUUUUAGUACUUAAAUUGACUCUAAUGAUAUAAAAUGUUGAGUAUUUGUGGGAUUAACCUCAUUGUUUUACUUUUUUGCAAAAUGAAUUUCCAGGUUUAGGUAUAUGGCAGAACAUUUUUGGUUUAUGAUGAUUCUUUCUUGUUAAGAAUCAGAAGAACCUCCAAACAGCACUGUUUAUUUUUGGGAUAGAGAUGUUAUAUAAAAGAAUGAAUACAAUGGCAGAUAAUCAAGGAAAUGAGAAAAUUGGAAUAAGAUUAUGGGGCUAUGUGUGCCACCCGCUGAUGAAGCUCUGGAAUGCUUUGGUUUUGAGAAUAUAUUGGAACCUUUGAGCCAAUCUUAAGGUUUUGUUUGUCCAUACACCACGACCCACCCCCUUCUUAUGAUAAAAUUAGUACCAUAUUGUUAGUGGAGGUGAUAUUCCAAAUAUUUCAAAACCAGCAUGACACAGGCCAGUCAGAAUGGGCAAACCACGCAGCAAGAAGGGAUUCCUGGUAAACACUUGAUACAUAAUGGUCUUUCAUUAGAUGGUACCUGUCUUAACUGUCACCUGUUUCUGGUUCCUUCUGGUCAGGGUGAUCCUAGAACGAUCAGCUGUGCUUCGGAGGGGAGAAGGUGAUAGGCCCUAAUUUUGCCCUCUGUCGAAAUAUGACUGCACUUAAAGGUUCUUUGUUAAUUGAAUUUGUCCCCCUGUAAACUAGAUCACAUUUUGUAUCCGUGGCACAGAAACCGUGAGAAAGAAGAGGAGACAGAAUGAUUAGCCAGGGGUGAGAAGCUGUGGUUCUUUCCUGUUCUUUACCACUUACUAGCUGAAUGACUUUGAUGAAAAACACUUUCUCUGAAACCAGUUUUCCUUUUUUGGAUCAAAAACCUACAAUAGAGUUGCUCCAUGAGACAUUAUGUGUGACAGUGCUUUCUAAUUCAUUAAAUUCUAUAUAAACAUGGUACACUUGUAUUACACCUUAACAAAACUAAUGUUUUAAAGAAACCCUGAAAUAAGAAUUAUCAUCUUAAGGGACUAGUCUGCCCUGAAUCCAGCAAACCCAUAUUUUCAUAUAUUGAGGUGUUUGUGUUUUUAAGAGGGGUAAACCUCUUGAACUAGCUCACUCACUCUUCUUCAGAUCACAUCGGAGCUUAAUCAAUCUAUAUUUUGUACAAUUUUACCUGCCUUCUUUUUCCAUAGCCCCUACGUGGUAACCCUCACAGAGCAUGUUGUAAAGUUUGAACUGUCUAGACAGCUGAACCACCAUAAUUAACAUGUUUGUGGCAGGUCCCAAAGACACAUGCUUACAUUGAUCUGAUAGCCAAGAAAUGUGGGUCACUCUCUCUAGUGGUAGCUCAUGUUAGGAGCUUGUGGUCCAGAUUCCACCAGUUGCCUUGGCCACUUGAGACCUUCAUCCUACAAGUCGAUACAUUUUGAGAUAGAAAGCUUGCAUUGUUGGAAGGCAUUUUACCAGUGCUAGAGUUUAGGAUGGGAGGCUAACCUUGCAUUAGGCAAAGGAAGGACAAAGGGUUUAGAGCAAAAAGGUUGACCUAGGAGUGGCUCCCUGGGAAAUCUCUGAGCAUUAGCGAGGCCAGAAAUGGAAGAAGAUGGGAAUACUUGGUGGAUUCCUUCAUUUUUUGGAAAAGAGUUACUCCAGGAGGCUCCAUUUCUAUAAGAUUUCUGGGGCUACGCCUGGGCAGGCUAAUAGGAUAGAUAUGGAUUGGCAGCCACAGUAUUCAAAUAGAGAAAAAAAACAUCCCCUAGUUUGGGCUCUCAGAAACCUUUCAAAGAGCUCCACGAUGGGUUAUUUCCCCUGCCAAAGAAAUAGGACAUUUUAGUAGUUCUGAAGACCUUUCUUGGGACCAGAGGACAGAGCUUUAAAAAAAAAAAUAAACGUGUUAGGAAAAGGGGAAAAUAUUUGAUCAUUUUAGUCAUAAGGAAAAAGCAAAUUGGAUCUGAGUCUGUACAAUAGCAAAGGUGCAAGAGAUUCCUGUAUGGUUUUGAGUUUUAUUUGAAUAGACGGGGCUGGGGUGAUGGUGUUCCACAGGCAAGAUUCUACUAAUAGUAAUUGGCAGCUGCGUAUUCUGAGUGCCUGAAUUUUAGGAAAUAUGUUAGAUUUGGAGAAGAAUCUUGGAAAGAGCUAACUGUAAAUAUUUAUCUCACUUUAGCUAAUAACUCAGUUCUCUAUUACUAAGGUAUAUUUCUAUUUAAAGCAAAAAAUAUAUAUAUCAAGGAGGCUAAACUAUUUCUAGGGAUAGCCUAAUAGAGAAGAACAUAAUAUGGGUUGAAAUUCAAAGAAAGAUUUAUGCUAAUCAGAACAAUUAUAAAAAUUUGAUUUUGUACUACAGUCCAUUUAAUAUAGUAUUUUCUAUUGAUUAGUGGUUGCUUUAGCUAGACCAUCCUUGGUAAAAGAAUUCUGUUCUUUUCAAAAACCUUUAAAGUAGAUGCUUAUGAUAUUCAGAUGUUUUUCACACACAAAUUAUUUUUCUGUUGGACUCAAAAUACAAAGCAUAUGCAUUUCAGUGGUAAUGGAUUGAAAUUGUUUGAGUUCAUAUUGAAUUUAUGAAUGAAGAAGAGAAAGUUUUACCACUAAAUUUGGAAUACUGGAAGUUAUUUUAGAAACCAGCUUGAAAGGUUUUUCACAGCCUGAAGCGUAGAGAAUAAAACUGUAUGAAUAAUUCAUAAAGUCCUAGAAAUAUUAAUCAAGUAGUUUAGAGAGUGAUAUAUCUUUUCAUUUUGACUAAUUGAUUUUUUUUUUUUUUACUUAAACUUCCUGGCCAACUGUCUAAUUUUUUUGUCCUGAAUGUUUAUGUUAACUCCUGUGGGAGAAUUCUGGCUUUUGAUUAAAAUUCCCUACCAAAUGUUAGUUUGUAUUGACUAUAUAGUGAGCAAGCUCCUGCUGGCAGAUGAGGAGGUGUGCUCCGCCUUCUUGUCACUUUGUGAAUGGAUUGUGAAGGGUUUGUUAAUUUGCUCUUCACUCCAUUGGAGCAGAUACUCACAAAUAUCUGCUAUGUCGCAAGACUGUUUUAUUUGCAUAAUGAGAAGAAUGGUUUGGGGGACGGUUGUUUGGGAAAUAGUAUAAUAAAGUAUAUUAAAAAUAGAAAUACUUGGCCUUGUUUGCUUUUAUUUCUGGUAUCUUUAGAAACAGUCUUGACUGUGUUGCUUUCCAGCCAAGUCCUUUUUUUGGAAGGGUGAUUAAAAGGGCUGGGACUCCAUCUGCCUGAUUGUCUGCCCAGCCCAAACCCUUUCUUGUAUUCACUUUAUGAACAUACACUGCCUUAACUCUCAUAGGUUCAGAAAGUACCAAAGAGGUCUCUGUCCUAGAGCUGCUUCCCUGCUAUAGGCAAAACUAUGAUUCUUUCCUCAAUCCCAAAUAUAAACGGCCCUCCCUCUUUUCUUUCCUUUUUUUUUUCUUUUUGUUGUUGUUUAAAGAACAUAGUAUAUGAUCCAUGCAUUUCUUCCUAAAGUAAGAGUGCAAGCAUUUCACUUGCAUUUCCCAUUAAAUGAGACAUAUAAAGGACACUGACUUGAUGCUGAGAAGGAAAGGGGCUGAUGGUGACUGAACUGACUGGAUACAUAGCCUUUUGCCUUAAACAGAAUGCACUGCUCAGUGCUUAGUGUUAGAUUUAUGGAAUGGCUCCUCUCCCAGCAUCGUCCCUGCUUUAUACAAUUUGGUGCUUUGUUGCUAUCGAAACGGCAUUACUUUCUAAGCCAUUGUGAUUGUGAAGGGGGAGGAGGCUGUGGCGGGCAGGGGUGGUGGUAGUAGUGAAUGACACAGAUUUACCAGAUGACAUGUAGCGGACCUCUGCAUCAGCCAAGAGGAAUUAAGCUUUGUCACUCCCCACUGGGACUACCUUUCUCCUGGUAUGUGCGCAAGGAAUUCAUAUGCUGCUGCUGCUGCAGCCACCAGAGCAGAGCCCUGAGUACACUUUGCCACAGAGAGCAGUGAGCAAGAAUGAUAGCUGUCUCUUUUAAAUGCCGUUGUCAGAUUCUAAGGCGACUUACUAAAGAUGAGAGUCCCUACACUAAAUCCGCCAGCCAGACAAAGCCGCCUGAUGGAGCGUUGGCUGUGAGGAGACAGAGCAUCCCAGAGGAAUUCAAGGGCUCCACAAUCGUCGAGUUGAUGAAGAAGGAAGGCACUACCCUGGGUCUGACGGUAUCGGGAGGAAUUGAUAAGGAUGGCAAGCCAAGAGUAUCUAAUCUGCGGCAAGGAGGAAUUGCUGCUAGAAGUGACCAGCUGGAUGUGGGUGACUACAUCAAAGCAGUGAAUGGAAUCAACCUGGCCAAAUUCCGCCAUGAUGAGAUCAUCAGCUUGCUGAAGAAUGUGGGAGAAAGAGUGGUUCUUGAAGUAGAGUAUGAGCUUCCGCCGGUCUCUGUGCAAGGAUCAAGUGUUAUUUUCCGAACCGUGGAGGUCACAUUACAUAAAGAAGGCAAUACCUUUGGUUUUGUAAUACGAGGGGGAGCACAUGAUGAUAGAAAUAAAUCUCGUCCAGUUGUGAUAACAUGUGUUCGUCCUGGAGGACCUGCUGACAGAGAGGGCACGAUCAAACCUGGUGACAGGUUGCUCAGUGUGGAUGGAAUUCGGCUUCUUGGAACCACGCAUGCUGAAGCCAUGAGUAUUCUUAAACAAUGUGGACAAGAAGCAACGUUGCUGAUAGAAUAUGAUGUCUCAGUAAUGGAUUCUGUGGCAACAGCAUCCGGGCCACUACUAGUCGAAGUUGCCAAAACUCCUGGUGCCAGCCUUGGGGUUGCCCUAACUACCUCGAUGUGCUGUAACAAACAAGUCAUUGUCAUAGACAAAAUCAAAUCUGCAAGUAUUGCAGACAGAUGUGGCGCAUUGCACGUGGGAGAUCACAUCCUCUCCAUCGACGGAACCAGCAUGGAGUACUGUACACUUGCAGAAGCAACCCAGUUCCUGGCCAACACCACUGACCAGGUCAAGCUUGAGAUCCUUCCCCAUCAUCAGACACGGCUGGCCCUAAAGGGGCCCGACCAUGUGAAAAUUCAGAGGAGCGACAGGCAACUUACCUGGGAUUCCUGGGCCAGCAACCACAGCAGCCUCCACACCAACCAUCACUAUAACACGCACCACCCUGACCAUUGCAGAGUACCAGCCCUGACACUCCCGAAAGCACCUCCUCCAAACAGCCCUCCAGCUUUGGUGUCUUCAUCCUUCUCUCCUACCUCCAUGAGUGCAUACAGCCUGAGUUCCCUGAACAUGGGGACUCUACCUCGAAGCCUCUACUCCACCAGCCCACGUGGAACCAUGAUGAGGAGGAGACUGAAAAAGAAGGACUUCAAAAGCUCAUUGUCCUUAGCCUCCAGCACAGUGGGAUUGGCUGGGCAGGUUGUUCACACAGAAACCACAGAGGUUGUGCUGACGGCAGAUCCUGUCACAGGAUUUGGGAUCCAACUGCAGGGCAGUGUGUUUGCCACAGAAACUCUCUCUUCUCCACCUCUGAUUUCCUAUAUCGAAGCUGACAGCCCAGCAGAGAGAUGUGGGGUGCUACAGAUUGGAGACAGAGUGAUGGCCAUCAAUGGAAUUCCAACAGAAGACAGCACCUUCGAAGAAGCCAAUCAGCUCCUCCGAGACUCUUCAAUCACGAGCAAGGUCACACUGGAAAUCGAGUUUGAUGUUGCAGAGUCUGUGAUCCCAAGUAGUGGAACAUUUCAUGUAAAGCUCCCUAAGAAGCACAAUGUGGAACUUGGAAUAACCAUAAGUUCACCAUCUAGUAGAAAACCAGGAGACCCCCUCGUCAUUUCGGAUAUCAAGAAAGGAAGUGUGGCACACAGAACUGGGACCCUGGAACUUGGGGAUAAAUUGCUCGCAAUAGAUAAUAUCCGGCUGGACAACUGUUCCAUGGAAGAUGCAGUUCAGAUCCUCCAGCAAUGUGAAGACCUGGUGAAGCUCAAAAUCCGCAAAGAUGAAGAUAAUUCAGAUGAGCAAGAAAGUUCCGGAGCAAUUAUUUACACCGUGGAGCUGAAACGCUAUGGAGGGCCCCUUGGCAUCACAAUUUCAGGAACUGAAGAGCCGUUUGAUCCUAUAAUCAUUUCAAGCCUCACUAAAGGGGGAUUAGCUGAAAGAACUGGCGCAAUCCACAUAGGAGACCGAAUCCUAGCCAUCAAUAGCAGCAGCUUGAAAGGGAAGCCUCUGAGUGAAGCCAUCCAUUUGUUACAGAUGGCAGGAGAGACUGUCACCUUGAAAAUUAAGAAACAGACAGAUGCCCAGUCAGCAUCGAGUCCCAAGAAGUUCCCCAUUUCUAGCCAUUUGAGUGACCUGGGGGAUGUGGAGGAGGACUCCUCGCCAGCGCAGAAGCCAGGCAAGCUGUCCGACAUGUACCCUUCCACAGUGCCCAGCGUGGACAGUGCUGUGGAUUCAUGGGAUGGGUCUGCAAUAGACACCAGCUAUGGAAAUCAAGGCACUAGUUUUCAGGCCUCAGGAUACAAUUUCAACACCUAUGACUGGAGGAGUCCAAAACAGAGAGGCAGCUUGUCCCCAGUCACUAAGCCUCGAAGCCAGACUUACCCAGAUGUGGGGCUGAGUAAUGAAGACUGGGACCGGUCCACAGCCAGUGGUUUUGCAGGGGCUGCCGAUAGUGCAGAGACAGAACAAGAGGAGAACUUCUGGUCUCAAGCGCUGGAGGAUUUGGAAACCUGCGGACAGUCAGGAAUUCUGAGAGAACUGGAGGAGAAAGCUGACAGGCGUGUGUCUUUGAGAAACAUGACUCUCUUGGCAACAAUCAUGUCGGGGAGCACGAUGAGUUUGAAUCAUGAGGCUCCAACACCUCGCAAUCAGCUGGGGCGACAGGCCAGCUUCCAGGAGCGCAGCAGCUCGCGGCCGCACUACAGCCAAACAACUCGGAGCAACACCCUGCCUUCAGAUGUGGGUAGGAAGUCAGUAACCCUGAGAAAAAUGAAACAAGAAAUAAAGGAGAUCAUGUCUCCAACUCCUGUGGAGCUGCACAAGGUGACCUUGUACAAGGACUCUGACAUGGAGGACUUUGGGUUCAGUGUAGCAGAUGGCUUGCUGGAGAAAGGAGUGUAUGUCAAAAAUAUUCGCCCAGCUGGGCCAGGAGAUCUUGGUGGCUUAAAGCCAUAUGACAGGCUCUUACAGGUGAACCAUGUCCGAACCAGAGACUUUGACUGCUGCCUUGUUGUGCCCCUCAUAGCAGAAUCCGGGAAUAAGCUGGACCUGGUUAUUAGUAGAAACCCACUGGCUUCACAGAAGUCUGUAGAACAACAGAGUCUACCAGGAGAUUGGAGUGAACAGAACAGUGCUUUUUUCCAGCAGCCUAGCCACGGUGGUAAUUUGGAGACACGAGAACCCACUAAUACAUUAUAGCAACGCUUUUUAUAAAGCAGGACAAAAGACAAUAUCUACAUGGUGCUAAAAAUCCCUUUAAGAUUUCUGUGACAUUUGAAGCACAGAUAAUCACGUGGCAUUAACUGCAAGCACAGGGGUCUUUUAAAUCUCUCUCAUGGCUCAUGUUCACUUCCCUUUUCAAGUUGAAGAGGUUUCUUUUUUGGUGACCACUAUGGUACAUGGUGGGCAAUGCCCUGCCAGGCCCAAUGGUAGAGAAAAAUAGGCCGUCCCCCCAACUCUACAAUUAACAUCAGAGGAAAUUUUUUACAAAUUCAUCUUACUAUCACUUUUUAAAAAGAGAAACAUCUGUUUGAAAAUAUUCUCUAUGAUGAUUUCCUUAAUUCACUUUGAAAUCAGUUUCUUACUAUGAAGUCAUUAAUGUAAGAACUUGACCAACAAGGCUUUUCUUCUCAUAGGCUGGCUCUACUAGGGGAACUCCUGUUUGGUAAACUGCUGGGACUGCCACAAUGGGAGGGGUACAGGUAUAAAAUUAAGUUAUCUUAAAAUGUUUCAGCAAUGAUGCACGUAGGAGACCAUAAUAGGUGGUGGUAAAUGUUUUGCCCAAGUAUAGGAAUGAUUUUAACUAAGAUGUAUGCUAUUCCCUAUGCAACAAAUUAUCAAACAGGAUAUGUCUUGUGACCUGUUUUUUUUUUUAAGGACACAUUUUUAAUAGCUGAAAAUCUCUGAUAAUGAAUUAGAGGGUGUAGUAAACACGAGAAUUAGUUAUAUUAUCUUAUUUUUAAAAUUCAAGACUAAGAACUUAAGAAAGAAUGAAGAGUCUAUUAAAAUGAGGUUCAUCUUAAUGAUAGGCAAACCAAACUCAUACUGCUUGACAUGUUUUGAAAACUGGUAAUAUUGAGGGUGUACAGCACAUGUACUUAAAAAUGACACUGGGCUAUCUUUUGUUCUGAGCCAUGCCACUUACCGAAAUUGUAAAUACAUUUUUCACAAAUGCAUUGCCAAUUAUUACCAUCCCUCAAAGCAAUAAAUUGUGACAGUUGCUUUAAAUGUUUGUCAGCAACUGUUUUCAUUUGUUCAGAUAUUUUGAAUAGCUACGCUAAUAACUGUUAUUUGGUGAAUAUAAAAAACUAGAUCUGUAUAUUGAUGGUAGACUCUCCAUAUUGAAAUAAUUAUUUUCCAAACGUUUUCAUUUUGGUCAAUAAUUCAAACUACCACUUAGGCAAAGCAUUCGAACACUGUGUCCUUUGUUUAAGGAAACGAAAAUCACCUUUCUUUUUGUGCAAAAAAAAAUAUUAUUUCAAUCACAUUUCAGAACCGCCAGGGCAAGAAAGUAUAAAGCAGAAUCAUGUUAAGAAAAAAGAAAAAAAGAUCAUGAGUCACUUAAAUAUGUAUUUUUAUUUGUAACAAACAAGUAUUAAACUGUAAAGUAUUUUUGUACAAAUUUAAUACUUUAAUAGCAUGGUAUUUAUCGUCUAUGUAUGGUUUUGGGGAAUUCAAAAUUGUUCAAAUAUUUGUAUGGAAAAAAUAAAACCCUCUACCAAAUGGAAUAAACCGUGAUUUUAAAAAGCCAAA